UUUUUUCUUUUUCUUUUUUUUUCAUAGAUAAAUCUAUAAAAUGAAUGGCACGAUUUUUGUGGAGAUGGCCGCUUUUUUUCAUUAUAAAAGGAAGCCAAGUUACUGUCAGUUUACAGCAAGAAAAAGCAUUGAUACAUUCUAAAAAACAAACUUUCAACUUCAUUUAUCUACCUUCCAAAAGAAACCAUGAAUCGAAAUAUUAUUUUUGCAUUCGUUUUGUUUAUUACCCUUUUCAAUCUUUGCACGGUCAACGCAAGUCCAUUGGUUAAAAGAAGCACCACUUUUAAUGAAUGUCCACUUAAGGGUAUUCCCACCCUCAUUGUAUCAAUGUCACCUGAUCCACCGCGAUCUGGUAGCGGACCUACAAGUUUUACCGUUUCCGGGGUAUUAAAAGAACAAGUCACCGCAGGCACCACCUUCCUAAUGAUUGUAUUUGCAGAUGCGUCCGGCCAGAAAAUCUUAACUAGUAUCUACACCAAAGUUUUUGAAAAAUCAUUCGCACCUGGAGAAACAGUGACUAUUGCAGUAACAGACGUUACUACACCUGAUAAUCUUCCUAAUUCAUACACUAUCGGAGUUGGUGUUGGAAACCCAGAUCUCGGUAAUCCAAUAACACCAUUGAUCUUUAGCGGCUGUACAUAUGCUGUUAUUGCAUAAUUAUAUUAAUUAAAGAAACUACUUUCGCCGGUUCGAAUGUUUUAAUUUUCUUUUUAUUCUAUCUUUUUUUUUAAUUUAAUACAUAUUAUUUUCGAUACAGUAGUUUUUUAUUAGAAAGAAAAAAAAAUUAAUCUAAUCAUAAUGUAAUGACAUUAAAUGAGUUUUGUUCAUUAAUAUAUAAUAAACUUAAUCUAAUCAAAUAAGUUUGU